AGCACUUGUUAUGGGCGCCUCAGUCUUGGCUCGCCUGGGCUCUAGGCAAUAUCGCCGACGUGGAAGAAUCGCGGUAAGCUCUUUGCCAGGGAGCCCCGGGAAACGGUCUAAAGAUAGAAAACGGGAAACGCGGGAGAACGAUAAUAGAAACUGGUUCAAUUUACAAAUCUAGAGUUUGUUGUAAGUGAAUAGUGAAACGAUAAACGAGUGAUGACUGAUAUAACCUCGAAAGGAUUUCGUGAAUAUGGACGAUAAGCUGUGAAGGAAAGUAAAAAUAUUGAGUGUCAAUGGACGACGAGAUGAAACUAGACCGGAUGCUUCCUUGAAGAAGAUGGUCAGGAUUAAAUAGAUAGAUACGAUAGUUCCUUCUUGGUUGACCUCUCAUUCUCAUUCAUUUCUGUCUCAGUGUUAUGAGGAGUAGAAGGAAAAGAUAUCAGUUAUAACGGUGAGCGUCAGGUGCUCUCGAUUGGCCCGAUAUCAACGAAGAUAGGAAGAGAGGACAGGAAUCGAUUUGAGGGAGUGAGAGAGAGAGAGAGAGAGAGAGAGAGAGAAAGUAAUAUAUACAUACAUACAUAUAUAUACACACACAACGUGUUAGUAAGAAAAGGGAAAAGAAAAGAGAAGCAAUCGUAUUGAAAGAAAUGAUCAUUCGAUGAGGACACUCGGUAUCUCGAGGAACACGCGAGAGAACGUGAAAGAGAGAGAAAGAAAGAGCUUUCUCCCGCCGACACUCGACCUCCUGUCAAUAUCAUCAUCCCUCUGAUACUCGAGAGCAACUACCACUUGUAUUUCCUUCACCCUCCAAGCCCGCAUUUCUCCGACUCGAAAUGAACAUUGUCGAUGUGAUGUACUCUAAAUGACGUGCUUCUUUCUCAAUUGGCUUCCGCCGACUUAGUUUCGAUCCAUACCAGAGAAGAUCGAAUUGAUUCCUGAAAUAACCAACGAGAUCAGUGAGAAUCUUGUUCCAUCUCUUGUUUCCUUGUUUUUCCCUCCGCUCGAAGCUUCGCGAUGGAAGCAGGAGAAACUUUAGCGACCAGCCAGUGCUUCGACCGGUGUCACUAUUUCAAGCACGUGUUUGCGUGUUAAAGAGGGACAAAAGUAGAUCUUGAUCGCGCGUGCGUGACAAUGAUGAAAAUGUUUCGAUAAAAUGACGAUCGUGACUGUUAACGAACGAUCGAUUUGUCGUCGAUGACGAAUCGAAGAAAAUUCGAAAAUUUCAAGUUUCUCGAUAUCUUAUUGGGGGAGAGUUCGAGUCGAACAAUUUUGCGUAUUUGUUACCGUGAACUAUUGAAAAAGGAAAGAGAAAGAAAAAAAGAAACGUUCUCUCAUUUUUUUUUUUGGGGGGGGGGGGAAAGAACAUUUAUGAAGGAUAAACGUUUAAUGUUCCGGAAUGCUUUCGAUCAAUAAACCAGACGAGAGAGACGAGCGUUCUCGAUCGAUGAUCACCGCUCGAGGAUUCUCUCGAUCGCCAUUUUGAAUCUAUUCGUGAUUUCAUAUACGAGAAAUAUCUCAUCACGUUUUUUCGAGCAAGGUGAAAUUAAAGUUCAAGUAAAGUAAAAAGUACAGGACGUCGUAAGGACGUCGUAGAUAAUCGAUCAAUCAAGAUGGGUUGCGAACUUAGCAAGUUGACAGCCGCGAAAUCGCGAAAUCAAAAUGCUCGCGAAGGUUCACCGCCACCUCCUCAAACUACGACGGAUCCAAGACUUCCUCUGACAGCUAGGCAAAAAUUUACGGUUAUGGCUAGUUGGAGAGCCGUAGGAAGAGCCCUGGAACCUACUGGUGUCUACAUGUUCAUAAGGUUAUUCGAAGAGAACGCAGAACUCUUGAAUCUUUUCACCAAGUUUCGGGAUUUGAAAACGAAGGAACAACAGUCGUCGAGCAUGGAAUUGGCCGAACAUGCUAGAACGGUCAUGAUGACUCUCGACGAAGGAAUUAAGAGUUUAGACGACAUGGAUACCUUCCUGGCGUACUUGCAUCAGGCUGGUGCAUCGCACACUAAAAUACCGGGCUUCGAUCGACAGUAUUUUUGGAAAAUCGAGAAGCCUUUCCUAGACGCAGUGGAGCGAACGUUGGAAGAUCGUUAUUCGGAAAACGUUGAGAGCAUCUACAAGCUGACGAUCAAGUUCAUCAUCGAGACACUUAUCGAUGGCUUUGACAAAGCGCAAAGCGAGAAGGCCAAGUCCUAGUCGUACUCGUCUGAUGAGAAUCAACACCCUUAACGCGCCCUCUCUUUCUCUCGCGCAUAUGACGUACUACAUACGUUUCAAAUAGACACAAACAUAAACACAUACAGAGAGGGGGAAAGAAAGAAAGAGAGAGAGAGAGAUCACACAAAGCAUUACACACGUACACUACAUAUGUAUACAAACACAUCGAGAAAAGUUCGCGGAGUUACUCGUAUUACGUAUUUCGCGAUCGAUCGUCGAAUUACGACGAAGUCCCGAAUAUACCAUCUGUAUUUUUGUGUUGUAUAUUCUUUCUUCUUUUUUCUUUCUUAUUAUUUUCAAAAGAAGAGAAAAAGAUUAGAACAAAACGGGACGACAAAGAAGAAAAACGGAAGAAUCGACACGUGCCUGCGACUUUCGCGGCCAUCUUGCUUUCUUUCCAUGACAAACGACAAACGUCAUCGGUCGGAGCUCGCAUCGUCGACCUUUGUCGACUUUCUUUUUUUUUUUUUCUUUCCUUUUUCGUAGAAAUUCUGGAUAAACGACGAGAGAGAUCGUUUAGAGAUUAAAAAAGAAGAAAAUAUUGCAAGAAGAAAAAAUGAAAAAUAAAAAGACAAAGAGAAAAAAAAGAAGAGGAAAGAAAAUGAUGACCGACACGUAGACGAGAAAUAAUAUCGGCAAAGGUCGCGUCGUCGGUCGAUAAAGAGGAUUUGCAGGAGCGUCUGUCCUUUUUUAAUUACGCUCGCUCGUGAUGCAUGCACGGAUGAGUGCAUGCAUACAUGUGUGUAUGUAUGUAUGUACGUAUGUACGUAUGUAUGUAUGUAUGUAUGUA